GGUGACUCUGACCCUCUGGUCAACCUGUGGCCUCUCGCGGGGUGGCAUGUAUGGCGAGUGGCAGGGCGUUAUCUGCACGGGCGAAAACAGCUCAAAGGUCCAGAAAUACCUCCAGCAGCUGUGGAAUGCAAUCCUGCUCAUUGCGUUGAUCCUGUGCACAGGUGUGAUUGUGCAGGCACAACGACAGUCCCGGCACAGUCAGUUGGACCAAGAAUCUGAGCUGGAUCUCAAGCAACACAUUGCCCAGAAGCUGCUGGCCUUGAAAACUCGGCGUUACCAUCCUGGCAGGGCCCCCCACAGCUGGGCGCACGAGAUUGACAGCUGUGCCAUCUGCCUGGACCAGUUUCAGAAGAAUCAGUGUCUCCGGGUGCUACCCUGCCUGCACGAAUUUCACCGGGACUGCGUAGAUCCGUGGCUUCUCCUGCAACAGACUUGCCCUCUCUGUAAACACAACGUUCUCGGAAACUGUUGCUGAGACAGGGAGCAAAUCCUGUCCUUCCUGCGCUCCGAGGGAGGAGGCCGUCUUUCCAAGAAGCCAUUGCUUUAGAGAAGCAAUGUUUUUUUCUCAAACCUGGCGGCCUUUUUUAAGAUGCGUGGACUUCAACUCCCAGAAUUCCCCCAGCCGUCUCUCCCAGAAUUCUGGGAGUUGAAGUCCACGCAUCUUAAAAGCUGCCAAGCUCGAGAAACGUUGCCCUUGAGUUUUGGAUACGUUUCUGGGGUUGCUUUGAGAAGCAGCUACACUGACUAUACUCUGGGCUCCACCGGGACAGAAACUACUCCAAGUAGUACAUGUAAAUAAUGUAUUCAUAUCUUCCUUCCGCCUGUUUGUGCAUCAUCUCCUACUACUACUACCCGGAUUGGAAUCCGCUCCCUUUUUCUGGGCGUGUGUCCUCCGGACGUUUUGUGCAGCUUGGAUCUGAGCUGGGGUGAACCUGCCCUUCUGGGAAGCCAUCUGAGGUCUUCCAUCUCGUGAAGGAACGAAGACAAGGGCCGACACGCGCGAGGCUUCCAACUAACUCCGUUUUUUGGGACAGUUUGCAAAGGAAAAACGAGAUUCAGCCGGUGGGAUGGGGAUGGAUGUUUGAAAUGCUUCUUUAUUUAUACUAACUUAUUUGGGCGAGGCUCCUAAAUAUAUAUGUUUUCUGAGGUUUUCGCGGGUGUUUGUAUGUAGGUCUUUGGUUAUUCGGGUUUUCUCCCGCAUAAAAUUGGAGGUUUC